GGCAGAGGCGAAAGGAGGCUGCUCAGCAGGUCGUCCUCGUCGCGCAAGAGGGUGCUAGUGCCAACGUUCUAUGAGCAGUGAUUGAGCGGAGAGACCGAGGGAGAGAGUGAGUUGUUCUUCCAUAUUCUGCGAGAGAGUGAGUGCUUAGUCAGCACUGCCCCUCCCAUCCCCAGCAACUAGUAUGGUGUGGCGGAGCUGCUUGCUGCUGGUGGCCGGCCUUGCAGUCGCGAGGCGCGCUGCCGCAAGUUGUUUUGACGCCGUUGAUCUCAUAGAGUACGAUGGCCUGCCCAGCCACAAGAAGAUGGAACAGUGCCUGGCGGACAAGGGUGAGCACAGAAAGAAUCGCGCCAGCCAUUGCUGCACAGUAUUCAUCGCCUGUUUGUUGUGUGUGCUUGUGUUGCAGAGGAUGGCGAGACCAAGUACUGUCUGGCGACGGUCAACUUGAUGAACAAAAUCGGUGUCACGGGCGGAUUCUGCCUGCCCAAGGACUGCCUGUAAGCACAGCACACCACACCACGGCAAAACACAUCACGCCAACCACACACAGCCACACCCCUCUCUGUGUGUGUGUGCGUGCAGGAUAACAGAGAUAGAGCAGUUCAUCCAGGAUGUGUGUGCGGUGUCGGACUGCGCCUCCCUCGACCUGCCCAACCCCCUCGCCAAGGAGCUCUGCCCCGUCAUCCAGUCCUCCCUCUGCAACCCACAAAACCGCACACAAGCUGGUAGGCCAAGGAGCCAUAUCAUGCAGCCAGCCGGUCACACAUAAACCCAUGGCUGUCCUCUCUCUCUCUUGGCAGGGAACAAUUUGAAUGUGACGUGUCUGGACCGUCUUGGGAUCCGGCAUGAUGUACGGCAGCAGCAGCUGGAGAGCGUCCUGGCCUGUGGCGGCGGCGACCCACAGGCGCAGCUCGACUCGGGACUCAUUAACGACCUGGGAGACUACGACGGAUGCCAAAAGGUGAGUUACAAGGCACUGCUGUGUGGGGUAUGGAUUCAUGGAUGGAUGGAUGGAUGGAUGGAUGUCAGCUGGCUGACAGCCACUACUGCCUGGCGACGUACAACCCCCUGCCCGUAGCCUCCGGCCAGUGUGUGCCCCGCUCGUGCAGCUCAGACAACUACAAGACCACCGCACACUUCGUCUGCUCCAUCCCGGACUGCGUCGCCUACGCGUCACUCAUACCCAUCCAAAACUGCUUCCUGUGGAAAGCCCUCGUCUGCGGCGAGGCACCACCGACCCCCCCGAUGCACGACGACGCACACGUCAUGCGGGCGGCUUUCCGCGGCCACGUGAUCGAAUUCCCCGCUCUCGGGCCGGCAGCGCCGCACAGCUUGUCUGCUCGGGAGGUGGACAGGCUGCAGAAGGUGCUCCAGGGGCUUGGGCCGUUCGUGGGCAUCGUCAACCGCACGAACGGCCUUCACGACGGUGCGGGGGGCAAGAUGACCAGCGUGGUGUCGAGAAGACGGCUUCAGGUGGGUAGGGUAGGGUGUGGUGUGGUAGCGCCGGAACCGACAGGGCAAUGCAGGCAGACAGUCCACUGUGCGCGUGUGGGUGUGUUGUGUUGUGCAGGACAUUCCCAACUCUGGCCCCCAGGGGUUUGCCGUCACCUGCGACUUUGGUCCACCUCAGGUCGACAGCGGACUCAUCGGCUUCAUCUGCCUAACCGGUCAGGGACUGACAAACCAAAUAAUGAUUGAUCCCCCAUCCCACCCCAUCCACAGCAAGCAAUUCGUCUCUUUGCCUGCCACCAGGUUUCCUCCUAAUGGUUGGUGCCAUUGCGGGCGCCAUGUCCUACUACGCCAAGACACAUCCCAAGGACGACACCGACGCGCCGGGAGGCGGCAAAGCCCUCGACACACUCGGCGGCAUCUCAUCGUCGGCGCGUGAUAUGGGCGCUGUGUCCAGCUCAGCUGGUGCAGGUGGUGUGGGUGUGGGCGUGAGGGACGUGCGUGUGGACCGCUUCGAGGCGUCGGUGGCGCACCAGGCGGCGCUGAGCACCCGGGGGCUGCUGGAGGGGCAGAAGGAGGAGGACAGCAUGGGGUACAAGCUGCUCAUGUGCUUCGACCCCAUCAAUAAUUGGAACAAAAUGUUCUCACUCAAGGUCAGCCAGCAGCUCACGUGUGUGCCAUCCGUGCCAUCCAUCUGUGUGUGUCUCCUUCCUUGUGCAGACGAGUGAUAAGUCGCUGUCGUGUUUGAAUGGCGUGCGGGUGCUGUCGCUGUCCUGGAUCAUCCUGGCGCACAUACUCGUCGCCGAAGGCAUCGCCGCCACACUCAAAAACAUCCAGGUACGCAUCACAUCCCAUUCAUCUCACGCGACGAAGGCGCCUGUGGAUGUGUCGUGUUGCGCUGGCUGCAGGUGGUCGGCGGGUUGCUGCAGCGGUUCUCCUUCCAAACCAUCAUCGGGGGCUUCUUCGCUGUCGACAGUUUCUUCUACCUCUCCGGCUUCCUCACGGCCUACACCGUCACCAACACCACCCGCACCAAGACCAGGGGCAAACUGCCUGUCGGAAUGGCCAUCCUCCACAGGCAAGCGACCACACCAACAAAGAACCGCCCCCACACACAGGCAACCCGAUGCAUGUGUCGUCCCGCCACACACAGGUAUGUGCGCCUGACGCCGGUGUACCUCUUCGUCAUCUUUUUCUGGGACAAGGUGGCGCCGUACCUGGCGCUAGGCCCCCGUUGGCCGCUGCUGUCCCAGUCUUUGGGCGGUGUGGGUGAGGGGAGUGCCUGCGAGAAGUACUGGUGGAGCAACGCCCUCUACAUCAACAACUUCGUCCCAAGCGACUUCGGCCAGCAGUGCCUCCCCUGGUCCUGGUACCUCGCUAACGACUUCCAGUUCUUCCUCGUGGGCAUCAUCAUCCUGUGGGCCUACUUCCAGUAAGCGAGCUUACCUCACCGCAGCAGCAACAGACCAGGAAGGAGCAACGUGCCUCUCUGUGCGCGUGUGUGUGUGUCAUCCAUCAUAUCAGCAUUCACAAGCUGGUUGGGUGGCUGACGAUCGGCGCUACGGCGGUGGCGGCGUCCAUCAGCACCUACAUCAUCGUGACGCAGCACCACUUCGAGGUGUCACUCACACAGGGCGUCUUCGCUGGACAGGCCGACCCUAACAACAACCAGGUGAACAUACCACAUACACACACACACAGAGAGAGACGGAGACCGAUGCACACAAACACGCGACCGUAUGCCUGUCGAUGGUGCUGAUCUGGCCAUGUCAGAUGACGGUGUACUACCAAAAGCCCUGGUGCCGUAUUCUCCCCUACCUAGUGGGGAUGGCGGCCGGCCUCCUGUGGGCUGAGCACAGGGGCGACGUGCGCGAGGCCUUCGGCAAAAUGAGGGGCGUGGGGAGGUGGGCGGGCAGCAUCCUGGCCGGCGCCCUGAUGCUCUUCCUCAUCUACAUCCAGUGGACGGCCAACAAGGACCACCCCGUCGUCUGGACACAAGUCGAAAACUCACUCUUCCUCACCUUCUCGAGGUGAGAGAUGGCGAAUAGAACGAUAGCAAACCAUUCGCUCGGCAUCUUAUCGUGUGUUUGUGUGCGUGUGUGUGUGUGUGUGAUCGAUCAGGGGUGCGUGGGCAGUCGGGCUGACGUGGUACGUCUACCUGUGUGCGUUGGGCCACGCCCCGAUUACCAAUUUCUUCCUGUCCUGGGGGUUCUGGUCCCCCCUGGCACGGGUCACCUACUCGUCAUACCUCAUCCACCUCGCAAUCAUCCUCAUGUACGAUCGCUCCAUUGAUGCACACAGCCACACACACACAGGUCUCUCCAAGUGCAUACGCGAAUUUUGUGCUGUCCUGUGGUGCAGGUGGUUCUUCGCCCGCCCAUACCAAGAGUACUACUAUGACGGCGAGAUGUACCUGUAUGUGCCGGGCUUCAUCUUCAUCUCAUACGUGACGGCCAUAUUCAUCUCGCUGCUCGUCGAGGCGCCCGUCAUGAACCUCGAGAAACACCUCCUGGCGCAACUAUCGAGGCUGGGGAGGCGGACCAGGUCGACGGCCGACAACGACAAAGGUAGGCGAUCAGAGCAAGAACCAUAACACACGCUUUGAGAGCGGCUGGAUGGAUGUGUGUGUGUGUGUGUGUGUCGUGUUGCCCGCCCGCGUGUAGUGGGUCCCCUCGAAGAGGCGUCCAUGAAUCCGUCGACGGAGGCCGGCCGCAGCCCCACCCUCAUGACCAUGGGCAGCGAGGCAUCCUCAUACACACCACUCGACAAGCCCACCACACGACUCAAUGGCGGCAGCCAGCCGCCCCCGCCCCACGGCGCAUAAGGCGCCGGGGGGUGGGAAGAAUGUCCAUGUAUGUUGUAUGUACACGAAUGUGUGAGCGUGUGUGUGUGAAGCUCGAGUGUCGUGUAUAGACAGAUAGGGGGAUAGAUGGAAUGAACGAAUGGGCGACCGGCAGGGGGGAGGGGGAGGGGGCUUUUUCAAGUGGCUGUGCGCGCCUCUUUUUCCGUCUAUACGGUCCGUCUAUACGGUCUGUCGCGUGUUGGGGCUGGAUGGAUGGAUGUGGUGUCGGGUGUUUGUUCCACUUUGCUGGUAUCGUACUCCAACAAUUAGUGACGUGUGUGUGUGUUGCAACCUAACGCUCAUGUGUCUGUGUCUGCAUGAAAGAAAGCGUGUAGAGCUGUCUUGUCUUGGCUGGCCGCAUUCGUACACACAUCCGUCAAUAUACCCACCCAUAUAUUCACUUGUAUAUCCACUCGCUGCCCCUGCUCACACCUGCCCACCACUUCCACUCACUCAGUUUCUUCUCUCCCGCCCAGUCAGGUUGGUGCGCGCGUGGCCGUCUGCCUGUCUGUCCGCCGGUCGGCCGCUGUCAGUAUCCUGUGAAUAGGCGAGCGAUCGGUGGAUGGUUGGAUGGAUGGCUGUCUGCCUGUGUGUGUGUGUGUGUGUGUGUGUCUGUGCGAGAGAGAGGAGAGGAGAGGAGGGGAGGGGACUGACCACCGAGGUGCUCGCAUUCGUACCGCGACACCUCACAGCCAGGCCUUUUGCGCUGAGUGCACAGAUGACAGGAUCCAUCCACCAUCCAUCCGCCUGCCUGCCUACCCUUGCUGCCGACCGACCCUCUCCCGACUCUCCAAUUGCCAUCUUUGUCAAGACAGACAGACGGACAGACGGACAAAGACCGACUCCUCUCUCCCUGCUUGUGACCAUUGACUGCUUUGUGUGUAUGGAAUGCUUCGUCUGCCAAAGGCAGACAUACACUGUAUGUAAGAUACAGAUGAUGAGAUGAUACCACUACUGUAGAGGACAGGCACACAGACAGACCACCUCACCAAAUGCUGAGCUGCUGGGGAGCAAAUACGACGGACAGACAGACAGGAAGGACUGGCGGGGAUGGGUGGGUGGAUGGAUGGAUGGAUGUGUCUACCUCUUUCAAGGUCUGGCUGGCGCUGCCCUGACUGAACACGAAAGCUCUGUCUGGCACAGUCAAUGAGUUGGUGGCUGUGCCUUGUCACCUCUCACCUCUCUCAACCUUAUCUCUUCGAUCUGUCAGCCAGCAGAAAGACACCCAUGCUAGAAAGGAAGGGCAGCGAGUCGGCGGCCGUGCGGC